GCACACUUUGGAGCGGGCGGCUGGGGCUGCCCUUUUUCUCUUGGUUUCCUUUUAAACUUUUUUUUUCCUCACCGACAAGAAUGGCAUCAUCUGCGUUGCAACUGAUCAAUCCCAACUCGGAUGUCGCUCGACGCGGACAGGCACUCCAGUUGAACAUCACAGCUGCUAUCGGUCUCCAGGAUGUCUUGCGAUCCAAUCUCGGUCCUAGAGGCACCAUCAAGAUGUUGGUGGACGGUGCAGGUGCCAUCAAGUUGACAAAGGACGGCAAAGUACUUCUCAGCGAAAUGCAAAUUCAACAUCCUACGGCUGCCAUGAUUGCCAAGGCAGCUACGGCUCAAGAUGAAAUUACAGGCGACGGUACGACGUCGAUUGUAUUGCUCGUAGGAGAGUUGCUCAAGCAGGCCGAACGAUAUAUUUCGGAAGGCCUUCAUCCUCGUGUCAUUACCGAAGGUUACGAUAUCGCUAAAAAGGAAGCUCUCAAGUUCCUCGAGACUUUCAAAACCAACAAGACCGAAAUCGAUCGUGAAUUGUUGGUGUCGGUAGCACGUACUUCGCUUCGUACCAAGGUCCAUCGUGCUUUGGCCGAUACAUUGACCGAAGCUGUGGUGGAUGCUGUGCUUGCUGUGCAUCGUGAAGGCGAACCCAUUGAUCUUCACAUGGUGGAAAUCAUGAAAAUGCAGCACCGUUCCGAUACCGAAUCCAGAUUGAUUCGUGGUUUGGUCCUCGAUCACGGUGCACGUCAUCCUGAUAUGCCAAAGAAAGUCACUGAUGCCUUUGUUCUCACUCUCAAUGUGAGCUUGGAAUAUGAAAAGAGUGAGAUCAAUUCCGGUUUCUUUUACUCGACCCCUGAACAACGCGAAAAGUUGGUGGAAAGUGAACGCAAACACGUGGACGACAAGAUCCGCAAGAUUGUCGAAUUCAAAAACAUCAUGUGCUCGGGCGAAAAUGCGAACAAGGGCUUUGUCAUUAUCAAUCAAAAGGGUAUUGAUCCGUUAUCGCUGGAUUUGUUGGCUAAGAACAACAUUUUUGCAUUACGCCGAGCCAAGAGAAGAAAUAUGGAACGUCUUCAACUGGUGUGUGGUGGUGUGGCGCAAAACUCGGUGGAAGAUUUAUCCCCGGAAGUAUUGGGAUACGCCGGUCUUGUGUACGAGCACGUCUUGGGUGAAGAAAAAUAUACCUUUGUGGAAGAAGUUAAGGAUCCCUACAGUGUGACCAUCCUUAUCAAGGGACCCAACCCUCACACCAUUGCUCAAAUCAACGAUGCCGUGCGAGACGGUCUUCGCGCUGUCAAGAACGCCAUUGAAGACCGAUCUGUGGUGGCAGGCGCCGGUGCUUUUGAAGUCGCGUGUUCACAGCAUUUGACCGAAUUCAAAAAGACCGUCAAGGGUCGUGCCAAGAUGGGCGUGCAAGCCUUUGCUGACGCUUUAUUGGUGAUUCCCAAGGUGCUUGCUCAGAAUGCCGGUUUUGACGUUCAGGAUGUCAUUGUCGCAUUGCAAGAAGAACACAUGGACGGUCAUAUUGUCGGUGUGGACCUGAAAACAGGCGAAACCAUGGAUCCCCAAUUGGAGGGUGUGUGGAACAACUACCGCGUCCACCGUCAUAUGUUGCACUCAUGUUCGGUUAUUGCCAGCAAUUUAUUGCUUGUCGAUGAAAUGAUGCGUGCAGGUAGAACCUCGCUGAGAGGUCCUGAACCCGGACAAUAGGUUCUUCUUAGAUGAUAUCACUUCAUACUAAAAAAAAAAAAAAAAGAAAAAAGCAAAGAAAAAGGAGAGAGAGGAAAAACAUGGUUUUCAUUUAUCUGAAAAAUCUGGUCUAUAUCUUGUUCUUGUUUUGAAUGUUUCCUGUGUAUUCUCUACAGCCC